AGAUCCGAUAUCUAAUGGCGCGUGCGGGGUAAAUCGGAGACUGAGGGGAAUACUAUUAACGGAGCGGAGACGAAAUUCUGCUUCGGGCUUCCGAGAGAAUUCUUUCCUAGGAGUUGCUGCAUAGCUAUGACUGUCUGAAAACCCACAUUAUGGCCACAGGAAAAUGGAUAUGUCCUGAAAGCGACUGCCGGCGCACUUUCAGAAGGAAAUACCAUCUGACACGCCACCAGGAUAAUAAGCACGCUCAGGCACGACCGCAUGCUUGUCACAUAUGCAGCCGGUCCUUUGCGAGACAUGAUGCUCUGAUUCGCCAUGUUCGCUUUCACCAACGUAAAGUCGACGCUGGAGCUCGAGAAAAGACCUUCUUUGCCUGCGACCGCUGCCAUAAACGCAAAGUGCGAUGCGAUAACAAGACUCCCUGUCUUCCAUGUCAAAAAUAUAAUGCCCCUUGUACACGCAGUGGCGCUGCGGCUGCUAUCGACCCCGAUGCGUCGUAUACGUCUACGCCGGCAGACGAGUUCAAUGGCUCAUUGACAUCGCCUAUGACUGCUGCCACAACGCAACAGCAUAUCGAAGACCUCUCCUUGCCGACACCGUCGACGUCGUAUGAAAUGAGUGUGAAUCCGUCGACUUUCCCAAAUGUAUCACACAACCCGAAAGCUAUUCCACCGAUAAAGUUCGCCUCUCUGGAAGCCAAUGAUGUGCCGACUCCAUCUAUUGUCAACUCAUUACCGAUUGAACCCCUCACAUCGACAGGGUAUACACCUGGGCAGUCAGUAGGGGCACAAUCAUCGCAUCCUGGGGAUUAUGCAACGGAAGACGAGCAGACAACUUAUGAACUAUACCACGCCAUUGCCCAGCAGGAGCAAGACCCUUCCUAUCUCGUUCACCGCAGUACGAUUGACAGGAUAAUGAGGGAUGAGUGUUACCAGAGCUACUUCAGCCUGCUACACCCCCAAUGGCCAAUACUUCAUCACGAAACAUUUCGGCGCUGCCUAGCUUCUGCUGAGGUCCGGUAUUCGAUAGCGUUUUUGGGGGCAUUGCUACAUGAGUCUCACACAGACUUGAAUGAAUUAAAGGCUUUGCAUCAAACUGUGGUUACGAAAGUGCUAGAAAAGAUAACACAGCAACACCACUACCCAACUCCGGAUCCGACGGGCCGGUCCCAGCUAGAAUUGGCAAAGGCCCUUCUGCUGACAAUUUUGUUCGCAUUCUACGUGCAAGAAAAAAACUUACUGUCAGCGGCGUUGGGGCAUAUGGCUACCCUCGUCAGCUGGGUAAGACACAUUGGAUUUUUCAAUAUCGAGGUCAUAGCCGCACAGGACGAUCCCAGUGGCACAGAGUGGUCACGUUGGAUACUACGCUUGUUUUUUCAACAUUCCGUCUGGAAUGCGAACUUAAUCUCCUGCACAACCUACCACCGACGAUACGUUUCCAAGAGCUAGAAUUACCAUUUAUGACAACCGACGGCUCUUGGAACGCGUGCACUAGUCAAGAAUGGGAGCAGGCAAUUGCGCAAGAGCCUCAGGGA